AUUUCUCCACAAAUUAGUUCUCUACAUAUACCCGAUCGAGAUGAGUGUAUUACGGCAUCAAAAUAUUAAUUGAAGAUGAUUUGUAUCAUAGAAUAAACGUAACGGGAAGUGUCUUAAAAAUAGCAUAGAAAUAAAACAGAUAUUCUUAAGUAAAUUAGUUCAAGAAAAUUUAAGCUGCAAAAAAAUGGCAACGAAACUACAUCAUUUCGCAUUCCUACCCAUUUUGUUACCGCUUUUACAUCUGUUGACAUCUUCUUUAACGGCAGUGGACGCAGCCAAAAUUCUUGGCUUAUUUGCACAUCCCAGUGAAAGCCAUUUCGCCGUCAUGCAAAGUUUAAUGAUGGAGUUGGCGAAGCGCGAACACAAUCUACAGAAACUGAGUCAAUUGGCUGAGUCUUCAAUGCAAAAGUCACUGGCUGCUGUGGGCGCGACCGCCGUCGAUUAUUUCCUGUCGAAUGCAGCCGUACAAAAAUUACUUCGUUUGCCCGUCAAAGAAUUCGAUUACGAUCUGGUGAUUGUCGAUUUAUUCUACACUGAAUCACUGCUGGCAGUGGGACAUUUCUACAACAAACCUACUGUGGCUAUUGUGAGCACGAAUUUCGAGAGCUACAUGCAACAUGUGCUGGAGCAAAUGGUACCCGCCGCCUGUUCGCCCAACGAUUACGAAACAUAUCAGCCGGCGAUGGGCUAUUGGCAACGCUUGGGUGCGAUACGUGGUUGCUUGUCACGCCGCAAGCAAUUUGUGAAGUCCAAUUGGGGUGCGCAAGAGCAACUUAUGCGGAAACAUUUUGCACACUUCAAAGGUGUAAACGAGCUUAACAUAGCCACACUGCAAGCAGAACUCGCAAUAUUACUGCUCAACAGUCACGUCCCACUGAUGACGUUACGACCGCUGCUCGCGAACACAAUCGCCGCUGGCGGCAUGCACAUACGACCGCCACGCGAAUUGCCCUGGCCCAUACGCCGUUUUCUCGACGAGUCGCGCGCUGGUGUCAUCUACAUGAAUCUUGGCAAUGAACAGCACUGUGGCGACAUACCGAAACCGCUGCUACAUUUACUUGUCAACACGCUGGGCAAACUGAAAGAGCGCGUGCUAUGGACAUGUCACGACCAUACAGCGAUGAAGGAUUUACCUGCCAAUUUUAUGGUGCAACAUGCCGUGGCACAAGCGGACAUAUUGGCGCAUCCUCAUGUGCGCGUAUUCAUUAUGAAUGGGGAUUUACUUAGCCUACAGGAGGGCAUCGUGCGGCAUGUGCCCAUGAUUGGUGUGCCCAUAUUCCGCAAUGAAGUGCGCAAUAUGGCGUUGGCGGUGCGGCUGGGUGUAGGCAUACAGCUAAAUCACGACAAUCUCACCGAGGUGUCACUUAAAUGGGCGCUGCAGGCGCUUAAAGAAGACAGCACAUAUCCGUUGUCAAUACGUCAGGUGGGCACCGCCUUUCGUGAUCGGCCGCUUGGCGCUGUGGAAACUUGCAUGUAUUGGAUGGACUAUGUUUUGCGUCAUCAGGGUGGUGUCCAAUUGAAAACACUUGGAAUUGGCAUGCCAUCCAGCCAACUACAUCUCUUCGACUUGUUUAUGUACUAUUUUGCUGUGGCGCUGUUAAUCGUAGGCGUGCUGGCAGGUGGCUUCUAUGGCGCAAUAGUAUUUCUGAAAAGGCGCGAAACGGAAAAAAUGUACUCGAAGUUGAGUUAGUAGAGAUUUGUGCAACUUCUAACUAUUUAAAAAAUAAAAAAAUAAAUAUUUUUUUUUUACUU